AUGGAGACCGAGGCCACACCCUCCGAGUCACAUCCAACUACGCCGGAACCCCCGGACUAUGUCAACCCUCUUGAAUCCAGCUCACGCUGGUACCUGAUUGCCCGUGCCCAGGCCAUCCGUUCUGCCGCGAGCCUGGGCUUCAGCAUCGCCAACCGCACCGAUCCUCCUGCUCCCUCGCCCACACGGGACAUUUGGCUGGAUGCCACGCUCGCCAAGGCUUCGCCCAGCAGCACGGAUCGGGCCAAGACAAAGAUCAAGGCCGAAGUAUGGAUCCCGCCCCGUCCCGCUCUCGGCGCUCGGACAGCUGUCAUCAACUUCCACGGCGGCGGAUGGAUUCUUGGGCAAGGCACUGAUGAUGCCCGAUGGGCCGGCGCUGUCAUGACGAACCUAGACGCCGUUGUCUUUACUGUCAACUACCGACUGGCACCGUCAUGUCCCUUCCCAACUCCGAUGGAAGAUUGUGUCGACGCUGUCCUCCAGAUCAAGCACCGCGCUGCAGAGUUUGGCAUUGAUCCUGAUCGUAUCAUCCUCUCGGGCUUCUCCGCCGGCGCCACCAAUGCUCUUGCAACCUACCUCAUGCUCACGGAUCCCGGUCGCUGGGGCUACAACUUUUCCAUUGAGCCUCCCCGCAUUGCGGGGUUGGCUGUCUUCUAUCCUGUUCUUGACUGGACCAUCUCACGCCCGGAGAAGCGGCUCACAUGCUCAAGGCCGGACCUCACACUACCCAAAGGGCUUACGGAUCUUAUAGAUGCAUCUUUCAUCUAUCCAGCCAUUCCCCGGGAGGAUAGAUCAGACCCACGUCUGUCACCGGGUCUGAUGCCUGACGAGCUCUUGGGGAAGCUUCCCCCGAUCCACAUCGUCUUGUGCGAGUAUGAUAUGCUCCUCGCUGAAGGUCUCAAAUUUACCAAUCGACUCAAAGCUGCCGAGAAACGGUUCACUAUGCGCUUAGUUGCAGGCGAGAGACAUGCCUGGGAUUGUCCUCCACCCAUGUCACCUAAAGAGAGCGUCAUCAUCGAGUACCAAGAGGCUGUCGAAGCCAUGGCCAGCUGGUUUGGGAAGAAGUGUGAGACCGACACAGAGUCUAUGCGGUCUAUGAAACUCAAGCGGCCGACGCUGCGACGGCCCAAGUAUCUCUCAUUCAAGUCCUGGUCUGGGAGGUAG